AUGUAUCAUUGCCCACAUUGUCUUCACGGUUUUGUGCGCCAAGACCUCUUAGAUGAUCACCAACCUAGAUGUAGUCAACAUGGAGCACAGCGAAUUGAGUUACCCAACGAGGAGAACAUGUUUCUACAUUUCAAAGAGUAUCAUAAACAAUUGCGUGUACCGUUUGUUAUUUACGCGGAUUUUGAAAGUUUAACAGCAAAGAUAGAUUCGGCAUCUUCUGAUCCCAACAAAUCCUCAACAGAGAAAUUCCAGCAUCAUCAAGCCUGUGGAUUUUCAUACAUUGUUGUCUCUGAGAGGUCAGACUAUUGCCAACCACCAGUCUUAUAUCGAGGGGAGAAUGUGGUAGAACGGUUUUUGGAAUCAAUCCUGAAGGAAGAGGAACGCAUCAGUAAUUUGUUGAAAGACAUUGUUCCAAUGCAACUCACUCCCGAGGAGGAAUUAGCGUUUCAAGCAGCAACGCAUUGUCAUAUUUGUGKAGAAGAAUUGGGAGCGGAUAAAGUCCGUGAUCAUAAUCACGUGACAGGCCAAUUCAGAGCAGCMGCACAUAAUUUAUGCAACCUCAACUACCAAUUUAMUGGGCGUGUCCCWGUAAUUCUCCAUAAUUYAAAAAACUAUGACUCCCAUCUUAUCAUGCAAGCACUUGGCAAGGUUAAAGACAAACCCAUCAAUUGUAUCCCUAACAACCUGGAGAAGUAUAUUUCCUUUUCACUCGGUAACCUAGAYUUUAUYGACUCUCUACAAUUUAUGAAUUCAUCAUUGGAGAGACUGGUGACUAACCUCUCUAAGGAAGGAGAAACUAAGUUUCAUACCGUCARGAAAUACAUUAAACCUGAACUUGUUCCAUUGAUACUGAGGAAAGGUGUUUAUCCCUAUGACUACAUGGAUUCCAUUGAACRAUUUMAAGAGACAMAACUACCCCCCAAAGAAGCCUUCUUCAGUAAACUAACAGGAGAGAAUAUCUCAGAUGAAGACUACCUACAUGCACAAAAUGUCUUCUCAUCCUUUGAAUUAGACAACCUUGGUGAAUAUCACGACCUCUACCUGGUUUCAGAUGUCUUACUUCUUGCAGAUGUAUUUGAGAAUUUUCGUAACAUCUGUCUUAAUUACUACGAGUUAGACCCAGCACAUUUCUACACAAGCCCUGGUUUAGCCUGGUCGGCGUGUUUAAAGAUGACACAAGUAGAACUAGAACUUUUAACAGAUCCUGACAUGUAUUUGUUUAUUGAAGAAGGAAUUCGUGGUGGUAUUUCUAUGAUUAGCAAUCGUUACAGUAAAGCAAACAAUCCCUAUGUACCUGAUUAUGAUCAAACUCAAAAUAACAACUACAUCAUCUACCUGGAUGCCAAUAAUUUAUACGRUUGGGGAAUGAGCCAACCACUUCCUACACACGACUUUUUCUGGUUAACAGAAACCGAAAUACUUAACUUUGAUGUUACAAGCAUAGCAGAUGAUAAUGAAGAUGGAUACAUACUUGAAGUGGACUUGGAGUACCCACAAGAACUGCAUAACCUACACUCUGAUUAUCCUUUAGCACCAGAAAGGAUGAAGGUUACUCCUGAGAUGUUAUCCCCCUACUGUCAAGAGUUAAACGAUGAACUUGGUGGUGCAUCUGUUCCCAAACUUGUACCCAACCUACGUGACAAAACCAACUACAUUGUUCAUUAUCGCAACUUGAAACUGUACCUAGCACUUGGUCUGAAACUUACAAAAAUUCAUCGAAUCCUUGGAUUUGUCCAAAGCACUUGGUUAAAACGAUACAUAGACUUUAAUACUGAUAAAAGAAAGCAGGCCUCUAAUGACUUCGAGAAGGAUUUUUUUAAACUGAUGAACAAUGCCGUGUUCGGUAAAACCAUGGAGAAUUUACGACGUCGUGUAAACGUUAAACUGGUCACUAACCCUCAGAAACUCACCAAACUCACCGCCUCACCUGCCUUUGACUCCUUCAGAAUUUUCUCAGAGGAACUCGCAGCAAUCAAUAUGAAGAAAACCAAACUGUACCUGAAUCGUCCUAUCUAUGUGGGGUUCACUAUUCUUGACUUGUCAAAGGUUCUGAUGUAUGACUUUCACUAUCAUCACAUUAAAGCAGUAUAUGGUCAACGUGCCACCCUUCUCUUCACUGAUACAGAUUCACUAUGUUAUGAUGUUAAGACUGAUGAUAUCUAUCAAGACAUGAGAUGYAACCUCGAAUCCUAUGAUACCUCAGAAUACCCCACCGACCAUUUCCUUCAUAACACAACCAACAAAAAAGUGAUUGGUAAAAUGAAAGAUGAGACGCACGGAAUUGCCAUCCAAGAAUUUGUAGGCCUGCGUCCAAAGAUGUAYUCCAUUUUAUAUACGGAAAAUGAGAAGUCCGUAGAGAAGAAAACAGCGAAAGGAAUUUCAAAAAAUGUAACAAAAAGAAAGAUCAGACAUGAGGAUUACAAAUCAUGUCUUAUUGAAAAGAAAGCACAGAUGGCAAGCAUGAAUCAAAUACGAAGUGAACACCAUCAGUUGUACACAAUGACAUUAAAUAAGACAAGUUURUCACCAUAUGAUAAUAAGCGAUACCUUCUAGAUAAUGGUAUAAACAGUGUAGCAUAUGGUCAUUAUAGCAUAAGCAACUGA